AUGAGUGCUGAGGGGGAUGCAGCCGACUUUUUGAAGAGCGAAAACAAGAAGAACAAGUCCAUUGUGAGCUGUAUCGCCGGUAUCAGUGCGCCACCUGGACGAAGAAUGGGUCAUGCAGGUGCAAUUGUCAGUGGAGGCAAGGGUGGUGCUGACUCGAAGAUCUCGGCCCUGGAAGCUGCGGCGGAGAAAGUCGACACGUACCGCAAGUAG